AUGGCCACCAUUGCUUCUUCCUCAUCCACUGUGCUCCUCUCUGCAUCAUCUUCCAACCUCCUUCCAUUUUCACACCCUUCUACAUCGCGCCUUUCUUUCUCAUCUUCCCUUUCCUCCUCCUCCUCCUCUCUAUCAAUUUCUCCCACCUUUUUAUCACACAAUUCUUCAAAUUCUAGACACUUUGUCAAUCAUUCUGCCUUCACCAUCAAUGCCAGUGCUGCUAAGAAGAAGAAGGUGCUCAUCGUGAAUACCAAUAGUGGCGGGCAUGCCAUUAUUGGCUUUUACUUUGCAAAGGAGCUUCUUGGUGCUGGCCACUCAGUCACCAUACUCACUGUUGGUGAAGAAGGCUCAGACAAGAUGAAAAAACCUCCUUUUAACAGAUUCUCAGAAAUUGUGAGUGCUGGAGGGCGCACUGUAUGGGGAAAUCCUUCUGAAGUGGGGAGUGUUGUAGGAGGGGAAGUGUUUGAUGUGGUCUUGGACAACAAUGGCAAAGAUCUUGAGACUGUGAGGCCGGUGAUUGAGUGGGCUAAGAGUGCAGGUGUCAAGCAAUUCUUGUUCAUUAGUAGUGCUGGAAUCUACAAUCCAACAGAUGAACCUCCACACGUUGAAGGGGAUGCUGUUAAAGCAGAUGCUGGUCAUGUUGGAGUGGAGAAAUACAUAGAAGAAACUUUUGGAAGUUGGGCAGUGUUCCGACCACAGUACAUUAUUGGGUCUGGCAACAACAAAGACUGUGAGGAGUGGUUUUUUGAUAGGAUUGUUCGGGAUAGACCUGUGCCAAUUCCUGGCUCGGGGUUGCAACUCAGUAACCUAGCUCAUGCUAGGGACUUAUCCUCAAUGCUCACUCUAGCUGUUGAGAACCCAGAGGCUGCAAAUCAUAACAUUUUCAACAUUGUCAGUGACCGUGCAGUGACGCUAGACGGAAUCGCCAAGCUGUGUGCUCAAGCUGCAGGACGCCCUGUCAACAUAGUGCAUUAUGAUCCAAAAGCUGUUGGAGUUGAUGCAAAGAAAGCUUUCCCUUUCCGCACCUAUCACUUCUAUGCAGAACCUAGAGCAGCCAAAAGUAAAUUGGGAUGGCAAUCAACCACAAACCUCCCUGAAGACCUAAAAGAACGGUUUGAGGAGUACGUAAAGAUUGGGAGAGAUAAGAAGUCAAUCCAGUUCGAGCUAGAUGAUAAGAUUUUAGAGGCAUUGAAAGUUCCUGUGUCUGUGUGA